AUGGAUGAAACGGCAGAAAAAGAGAAUAAUUCAACUAACAGUACUAGGGUUGAAAAUGAUUAUAAGAUUGAUGAUGAAUGCGAUGAGGUUGAUGUAAUACCAAUCACUACGACCACUACGAAAAAUGCUUUGAUAACGACUAUACUCGGCCCAUGCGAAAUAUAUCCCCAUAGAGUUAAAGUAUCCAUCGUUGGGGUUGGAAAGGUUGGAAUGGCAUGUGCAAUGGCUAUUCUCAUGAGGAAAAUGGCGAGUGAGGUUUGUCUGUUCGAUAAAGAUGGAAACAAAGCUAGUGCCGAGGCCGAGGACAUUCAACACGCUGGGAUCUUUCUGGGAAAUCCUUUGGUAACUGGUACUUCAGACGUAAGCAUGCUGCAAAAAUCAGCCGUGGUUAUUAUAACCACUCCAGAAAAACAUUUGGAUGAAGAACCAAAUGUUAAAGAUAAUAUGGAGAUUUUUAGAAAGAUCAUACCACCAAUAGCAAAGUUCGUUUGCAACGCAGUUUUAGUGAUAGUUACAGAGCCAGUCGAUGUAAUGUCUUACAUUGCUUAUAAAUUCUCUAAAUUUCCUCCAAAUCGUGUACUUGGCGUUGGCACACUUGUAGACAGUGUAAGAUUUAAAGAGUUAAUGAGCCAAAGAAUUGGAAUAGCACGAUCGUCUAUUAACUGCAUGACUAUUGGUGCACAAGGACGCACAUCUGUUCCAAUAUGGUCGAGCAUCGAUGUAGCAGGUCUGAAAUUAAGAGAUAUAAAUCCUCGAAUGGGUGAAAUGGAUGAUCCAGAAAAAUGGUAUGAAGUUACAGAAGCAAUUCACGAAAGCGAUGAAGUAUUAAACAUAAAGAAAGGUCCACAGGGCCCAAAUUGUUGGGCUGUUGGUAUCUGCAUAGCGGAGAUCGUUGAUGCUGUUAUCAGAAACACUAAAGUCGUCUUACCAGUUUCCACUCAUAUACGUAAUUGCAAUCAUGGUGUAGAAAGGGAUGUUUACAUGUCAGUUCCCUGUGUGAUCGGCCGAGAAGGUGUUCAUUGCACUGUAAGACAAAAAUUAACCGAUCAAGAAAAAUUAGAAGUACAAGCGUGCGCUGAUAGUAUUAGAAGCAUAUUACGUGAAUGCGGUAUUCUACAAGAAAUGUGUGAAGAAGCUGAGAAAUAGAAUAGAAAUAUAAACGAGUAAAAAUUUUGUCGAAACAUGAAUCACUCACGGAAACGUUUCCAACUCGCAUACGAUCGGUCAACGAUACGAAUGUUAGAAAGAAGAAAGAAGAAAAAAGAAAUAGAGAGAGAGAGAGAGAAAAAAAAAGAAAAAAAGAAAAAUAUAAAAUGCGUUAUAACGUUGGUAACCGGUUCCCUACGUGUUCGUGUAUUUGAUUGGGUAGAAUAAAUGAUAGUAGUCAGAAUCGACUUCCUUGAAAACUGAACUACCGUACGAGUAAAAUUAUACUAGGGAAGUCUCACACUUAUAAACCAGAGUUUCUGCUUUAUAUUUACGAGAUAUGAAGAAUUCAGAUCAGAAUUGUUGUUAGUGAACCAGUGAAGCGAAACGAGAAAUACGAAAGAAUGCUAUAAACUA